UCUGCAGUCUUCGCUAAAGGAUGGGGUCGUCCUGUGCAGGUUGCUGGAGCGGCUGCGUCCAGGCACUACUGAUAAAAUCUAUCAAGAUCCCAAGAACGACAGCGAGUGCUUGAGCAACAUCACGGAGUUUCUCAAGGGCUGCGCAGUGUUUCGCGUCGAGCCAUUUGAGGCUGGUGACCUGUUUCAGGGCCACAACUUCAGCAGAGUCCUCACUACACUGGUUGCCCUCAAUAAAGUGACUGCAGAUAUUGGGAUAGGCAGCGACUCUGUAUGUACCCGUCACUCUUCUGCCCACCGGAUCAAGUCCUUCGAAUCACUGGCCUCCCAGUCCUCACUGGGCCGAUCUUCUAAAUUGCUCCAUAACCAGUUCCGCAGCCUUGUGAGUAACACUGGGGACAUGACGGAGAACAGUAACACUCAGUUAGUGGUUAAAGCUCGCUUCAACUUCCAGCAGACCAAUGAGGACGAGCUUUCUUUCAGCAAGGGUGACAUCAUCAGUGUUACUCGCACAGAAGAAGGGGGUUGGUGGGAGGGAUCCCUCAACGGCAAGACAGGCUGGUUUCCAAGUAAUUAUGUCAGAGAGGUUAAAGGGUCUGACAAACAAGUGUCUCCUAAAUCUGGAACGCUUAAAAGCCCUCCCAAAGGUUUUGAUACCACGGCUAUCAGUAAAACCUACUACAACCUAGUGCUACAGAACAUUUUAGAAACUGAAACAGAGUAUUCAAAGGAGCUCCAGAACCUUUUGACCAGCUACCUGAGACCUCUACAGAUGGCAGAAAAACUGAGCACCUCAGACGUAAGUGUCAUUCUCGGGAACCUGGAGGAAAUCAGCACUUUCCAGCAGACUUUGGUCCAGUCACUGGAAGACCGUACCAAGCUUCCAGAGCUGCAGCAGAAAGUGGGAGGGUUCUUCCUGAAUCUCAUGCCCCAGAUGAGGUCUCUUUAUGUGUCUUACUGCUCCAACCACCCGUCGGCAGUCAGUAUUCUCACCGAUCACAGUGAGGAACUUGGAGAGUUCAUGGAGGGGAGGGGUGCGUCGAUACCAGGCAUUCUCACACUGACCUCUGGCCUCAGCAAACCCUUCAUGAGACUGGACAAAUAUCCCACAUUACUAAAAGAACUGGAGAGACACAUGGAGGAGGGUCAUCCAGACAGGACAGAAAUUCAGAAAAGUAUGACGGCUUUCAAGAAUCUCUCUGCACAAUGUCAGGAGGUGCGGAAGCGCAAGGAGCUUGAGCUUCAGAUCCUGACUGAGACGAUUCGUCUGUGGGAGGGGGAGGACAUUAAGACCCUGGGUUCAGUGCUGUAUAUGAGCCAGGCCAUGGUCCAGAACCACGGCUGUGAGGAUAAGCAUGAACGUUACCUGCUGCUGUUUCCUCAUGUCUUGCUCAUUCUGUCUGCAAGUCCAAGGAUGAGUGGCUUCAUCUACCAGGGCAAGCUACCUUUGAGUGGGAUGACAGUGACCCCAUUAGAAGACUGUGAAAGUCAUAAAAAUGCUUUUGAGCUCUCAGGAAGCAUGUUUGAGAGGCUUCAGGUGAUCUGCUUUAACAAACAGGAUCUGCAGGACUGGCUCGAGCAUCUGAACCGACAGACCAAGCACACAACCAUGGCGGCUCCCAGCAUGAAACCCCUCACUGUUCCCUGCCACACACUCCCGUCUCACCCUCUGACGCCGUCCAGACAUGCAGAAAGCCGGGGCCUGACAGUUGCUCCAGCUUACCACACCUUACCACACCCCUCCUCUCAUGGGGCCCCUCACAGCACCAUGAUGUGGGGCCCCCUGGAGCCUCCCAAAACCCAGAAGCCCUGGAGCCUGAGCUGCUUGCGUCCAGCACCCCCACUUAGGCCCUCAGCUGCUCUCUGCUAUAAAGAGGACCUCAGUAAAAGUCCCAAGACUAUGAAAAAGCUGCUGCCCAAGAGAAAGCCGGAGAGGAAGCCGUCUGAUGAGGAGUUUGCACUGAGGAAGAGUACUGUAGCUUUGGAGGAAGAUGCUCAGAUCCUGAAAGUGAUUGAGGCCUACUGCACGAGUGCAAAAACCAGACAGACUCUGAACUCAAGACAGUGGAAAGAUGCCAGUCCAGCACUGAUAGUUCCUGGGGAGGAGAAGUUCAGUGUAGAUGAGUUGAAGAGUAAUGGUCAGACUCUUCUGGAGGAGAAGAGCCUUGUGGAUGUUGUUUAUGCUCUGAGAGAUGAGGUACAAGAACUUAAACAGGACUAUAAAAAAAUGAAGAAAUCCCUGGAGGAAGAACAGAGAGCCCGGAAAGAUCUGGAGAGGAUAGUUAGAAAAAUGUUAAAGAAUAUAAACGAUCCUUCUUGGGAUGAGACCAAUUUAUGAUAUCAAUGUUGCCCCCGUACUAGUUUUUGUUCUUUUACAUUAGUGUUUAAGAUGACCGGGAAGUUCAACCAGAACAUUCAAAUUAUCAUGUGUUUUCUUACAUUGAAACCACCUUUGAUGUUCGUGGGUACGAGUCUGUAGUAAAUUCAUCUUACAUAUUUGAUCUUAUAUGGCUCAUUGCAAUGUUCAAACUCUAAAAAAUGGUCUUUUAGUGCAUCUACACCAAGCAGAUUAAAAAAAAAAAAAUGUAGUUUGUGAAAUUCUGAAGAAAUGUAAAACCACUUGUUUAUAUCUGAACAAUCAUGAUGUGACUUGCUUGCUUGAAGUGGUAGCUAAAUCUUGUCGGAUGGCAUGAGUGUAACCUGUGAAUAUCCAUGACGAGUUUGUCUUUCACCUGAUGUUAAGGUGUUGAGAUAGACAGUACCUCAGUCUUUACAUCCCAUUAAUGUUUGAGAUUGUGAGUGUCCUGUUUUUCUACAUAUUACCUUUGUCAUUACAAAGGUUCAAGAGAUCAUCAUAUUUUACUGUUAAGUUCCAUUUUUAAAUAACUUUUAUUCAGAUGCUCUCUGAUUUAAGAUGUUGAAUCUGUGAAUAUUUCCAUGGUGUGGUACAGAGAACUUUUUCAUUCCAUUUAGUUGUUUAUUGUUGAUACUUAAUCUUUAAUUCAACAGAGUGAGUGUGCACAAGCAUAGCAGAUGUCACGCUAUAUGUUCACUGUGGGACAUGAUGCUUAUGCUUAUAUGUCAGUAUGUUUAGAACCUGUUUUAGGUGCAAUUGCAAUUCAAGCUGUGACAGGAGUUCAAUAUUAUGAUACUCAUUAUACCUGAAUUAUUUUUUUAGUCAUGUGAGUUAUAUCUGUAUACAUUUCAGUGUGACUCAUUUAGUGUGACCAAAGCAAAAGCCAAACUCUUAUUUAUGGACUUGACUGUCUGUGACUUAUUACUGUACUUGACAUUUAUUCCUAUAGCGCUUACACAACACUAAUAGAAUAGCCUCAUCAGAAUUCAUGU